CGCCGGGGUUGGCUGCGGCGGCGGCGGCCUGGAGGGCGGUAGUGGUUUUCACUCUGCGCGAUUAGUUUCCUCCGCCCCCUCCCGUUGGACGCUGUUGUGUGGUCGCCUUAAAAAAAUCAACUUUAUUGUUCAUCGGCCCCACCUCCCGCCGCGAAGCGCAUCCUCAGGAUGCACUGAGGCGGAGGGUAGGGGCGGCGGCGGGUCGCGGUCCCUCUCCUCCGAGAGCCCGGCCGGAGGGGAGGGAGUCACGAUGUCCGGGAGCCGCCAGGCCGGGUCGGGCUCCGCUGGGACCAGCCCUGGCUCCUCGGCGGCCUCCUCGGUGACUUCCGCCUCCUCGUCCUUAUCCUCUUCCCCGUCGCCCCCUUCCGUGGCGGCUUCGGCAGCGGCGCUGGGGUCCGGAGGUGCAGCCCAGGCCGCGGGCUCCGGCGGCCUCGGGGGCCCGGGGCGGCCUGUGUUGGUGGCGGCCGCCGUGUCCGGCAGCGGCGGCGGCGGCGGCGGGGUGGUGUCCGCGGGCCUGUCCCGACUCAGCUGCCCGGCCCGGCCCAGCGCCGGCGGAGGAGGCGGCAGCUCCAGCCUCGGCAGCGGCAGCAGAAAGCGACCUCUGCUCGCCCCCCUCUGCAACGGGCUCAUCAACUCUUACGAGGACAAAAGCAACGACUUUGUCUGCCCUAUCUGCUUUGAUAUGAUCGAGGAAGCAUACAUGACGAAAUGUGGCCACAGCUUUUGCUACAAGUGUAUUCAUCAGAGUUUGGAGGACAAUAAUAGAUGUCCCAAGUGUAACUAUGUUGUGGAUAAUAUUGACCAUCUGUAUCCUAAUUUCUUAGUGAAUGAGCUCAUUCUCAAACAGAAGCAAAGGUUUGAGGAAAAGAGGUUCAAAUUGGACCACUCAGUGAGUAGCACCAAUGGCCACAGGUGGCAAAUCUUUCAAGAUUUACUGGGAACUGACCAAGAUAACCUUGAUUUGGCCAACGUCAACCUCAUGUUGGAAUUACUAGUGCAGAAGAAGAAACAACUGGAAGCAGAAUCACAUGCAGCCCAACUACAGAUCCUUAUGGAAUUCCUCAAGGUUGCAAGAAGAAAUAAGAGAGAGCAACUGGAACAGAUCCAGAAGGAGCUGAGUGUUUUGGAAGAGGAUAUUAAAAGAGUGGAAGAAAUGAGUGGCUUAUACUCUCCUGUCAGUGAGGAUAGCACAGUGCCUCAAUUUGAAGCUCCUUCACCAUCACACAGUAGUAUUAUUGAUUCCACAGAAUACAGCCAACCUCCAGGUUUCAGUGGCAGUUCUCAGACAAAGAAACAGCCUUGGUAUAACAGCACUUUAGCUUCAAGACGAAAACGACUCACUGCUCAUUUUGAAGACUUAGAGCAAUGUUACUUUUCUACAAGGAUGUCUCGUAUCUCAGAUGACAGUCGAACAGCAAGCCAGUUGGAUGAAUUUCAGGAAUGUUUGUCCAAGUUUACUCGAUAUAAUUCAGUACGACCUUUGGCUACUCUGUCAUAUGCUAGUGAUCUCUAUAAUGGUUCCAGCAUAGUCUCUAGUAUUGAAUUUGACCGGGAUUGUGACUAUUUUGCAAUUGCUGGGGUUACAAAGAAGAUUAAAGUCUAUGAAUAUGGCACAGUCAUUCAGGAUGCGGUAGAUAUUCAUUACCCUGAAAAUGAAAUGACCUGCAAUUCCAAAAUCAGCUGUAUCAGUUGGAGUAGUUACCAUAAGAACCUGUUAGCAAGCAGUGAUUAUGAAGGCACCGUCAUCCUGUGGGAUGGAUUUACAGGACAGAGGUCAAAGGUCUAUCAGGAGCAUGAGAAGAGGUGUUGGAGUGUUGACUUUAAUUUGAUGGAUCCUAAACUCUUGGCUUCAGGUUCUGAUGAUGCAAAAGUGAAGCUGUGGUCUACCAACCUAGACAAUUCAGUGGCAAGCAUUGAGGCAAAGGCUAAUGUGUGCUGUGUUAAAUUUAGCCCCUCUUCUAGAUACCAUUUAGCUUUCGGCUGUGCAGAUCACUGUGUCCACUACUAUGAUCUUCGUAACACUAAACAGCCAAUUAUGGUAUUCAAAGGACACCGAAAAGCUGUUUCUUAUGCAAAGUUUGUGAGUGGUGAGGAAAUUGUCUCUGCCUUCUAAUCUCUCAGGAGAUUAUUAAUGCCACGGAUUUCUGCUUGGUAUUUCUCACCACAUCUACCUUCAUGCCGGUUGCCCUCGAUAAGAAUUUGGCAAUUUGAAUUGAGUUACAAAGAAGGGAACAAAAGAAAGUAGGAACUGAGCUUUAGAAGGGCAAGUAGUAUAGGUCAUUGGUUCACAAAUAUGAAUUAAGUAGUUACUAGUCAAAAAGUAUCCUACUCCCACUUUUCUAGUACUACCUAAAGAAAAGAUUGGUCCAGAUCUUUGACCAAUCUAAAUAUAGAGUUAACAAAAUUAAAAACACAGGAUGGGUUGAUAUUGUAAAUCAAGAUGACCUUUCUCUUGCACAUUUUGGAGUUUAGAAGUAUUUAGAAUAAAUUUAUUCACAAGUAUAUUUAGAAGUAUUGAAAAGUAGAAUUAAAAUACACACAUUGUUGCAACCUCUGAAUUGUUGGCCAGUUUAAAAAUGUGUGUGUAUACAUACAUAUAUAUAUAUACACACACACACACACACACACACACACACACACACACAUAAAGGGAUAUUCACUGCAACACUAUUGAACAAAAAACAAAUUUAAGACAACAUCAGUAGCGAAGAAUAGAUGUUAUGUUGGAAAAUGAUGAAAAGCAAUAGAGAAGUAUUUCAAGAGUUUGAUGGCAUUUGGCCUCUGAAAUAAAGAUUCAGUCUUGACUCUACUGUUUACUAACCGUGGUACCUUGAAAAUGUCCUCAACCUCCUGAAUCUCAGUUUGUUCAUCUCUAAAUAAUAGAGUAUUAAUCUUUAAAUAAAAUAAUGUAUGUAAAAUACUUACCAUGGUGGUCUAGUCUAUGAAUGUUAGAGUAAAUAAAAA